GUUGGGUUCGCUUUAACAGAUAGCAGAGGCGUCACACGAGGCCCAUCGUCUGGGCGAAUCGAGUUCGGAGUUCCAGUCUAAGCGAAAUGGCCUGAACUAGGAUGUGUUUAUUAAGGAUAUUACUUAUGGUAUAUCAUCGGUAUCAUGGAUGCAUAGGAUAACGACGGAAUAAGCUGCAUUGUAGGCAAUGCAGAAAGCUUUCGAUUUCAGACGGGGAGACACAACUGCCACCGCCGAACCUGCGUAGUCAAGGUUGAAAGAAUAGGAACGCGGACCGGGGACUUUUGCAGAGAUGGCUGCGGACGACAAAGUGCUAAUCCUAUCGGACGACGAAGAGGACCAGAAGAGGAAGUACGUCCUGGACGAACCCUUCAACACUCUUUCCCUGGAGCUGCAGACCGACCGAGAGCCAGUGUCUGCUGCAGCAUCAGACACACAGUCUGCUCCAGAGACACCCAUGGCCUCGCCACUGAAAGACCUAGGCUGCUUUGAGAGGAUGUGCCUUCGAGUCAACUCCCAGCUCCUCAUCUCCAAGAUCUUCUACUUCUUCUUCUAUGCAGCAUACGGUUCCCUGCACCCACUCCUAGCCGUCUACUACAAGCAGCUCGGGAUGUCGCCAAGCCGUAGUGGACUGUUGGUUGGGAUCCGGUACUUUAUAGAGUUCUGCAGUGCGCCAUUCUGGGGAGUGGUGGCCGAUCGUUUUAAGAAAGGGAAGCCAUUGUUGCUGUUCUCUGUGCUGUGUUGGUUGGUGUUCAACUGUGGCAUCGGCUUUGUCAAACCAGCUGCCAUGGUCUGUAAGGAGAAGGUGGACAUCACCACUGUGGCUCCACCAAUACUCCCCUUGACGACAAUGAUACCAAUUAACGGCUCGCUACCGGACGUUUCCACCAAUCACACGAGGAGAAGUCGUCGGGAUUUGUUUCGAAGUUACUUUCCUAGCUUCCUUUUUGUUUUGAAUGGCCGUGAUUCUGGCUAUAGUGUACGCCGCAGGCAUAGAAGAGGUGCUGAUAGCAAUACCACCCAAUCCACAGGGGUGUCUUACGAGCCGAACAAUGCCACGGCAACAACCACUUACACCCCCACCCAUGCCCAACCCAGAGUGGUGCCUAAUGAGCAAGCCAAUACCACUCAGCUUUUACUGAAUACCACAACUAUGCCACUGACCACUAAAACCCCCACCCUUGCCCCUAACCAUGCCCCCACCACACAUUCCAAAUUGGUGCCUCACGAGCAGGGCAAUACCACUCAAGCUACACCAAAUACUACUUCAACAACUAUGGCAACCACUACCCCUGCCCCCACCCAACCCAGAGAGUACAUCAUUGAGUACAACGAGGAUCAGGUAGAGAGCAUCUUUCUCCUAAUCCUCUUGGUCAUCAUCGUGGGGGAGUUCUUCAGCACGCCGGCAGUCACCAUUGUGGACACGGUGACGUUACAGUACCUGGGGAAGCACCGGGACCGCUACGGCCUGCAGAGAAUGUGGGGGUCCCUUGGCUGGGGCGUGACCAUGCUGCUAGUGGGUAUCUGGAUAGACCACACCCACCUUACGCUGCUCAUCGACGGCGUGGUCGGCUGUAUCCUGCCCGAGUAUAAGAACUACCAGGUGGCCUUCAUAGUGUUUGGAGUGAUGAUGGGCCUGGCCCUGGUGGUAGCAACACAAUUCUACUUCGACAGUGGGGACUACAGACAGGAGUUGCCUCAGAGGCCCCAGAAGGUAGAGAUACCACAGGUAGGCGGGAACGUGGCAUCUCCAGAGGGGAGCGAGAGCUCCACCUCGGACCAGACCCCCAUCACCCCAGAGUCCACCAUCCCCGAACAGCCUUUCCACUACAGUGACCUCCUCAGGCUGUUCUGUAGUGUUCAGUACAGCACGGUGCUAUUCGUCGCCUGGUUCAUGGGCUUCGGUUACGGCUUUGUGUUCACCUUCCUGUAUUGGCAUCUAGAGGACCUGAAGGGGACCACCACGCUGUUUGGUGUGUGUUCGGUUUUGAGUCAUGUGUCUGAGCUGGCUGCUUACUUCACCAGUCAUAAGUUUAUUGAGCUGGUGGGACACAUCAGGGUCUUGUACAUUGGCUUGGCAUGUAACACAGCACGCUACCUGUACAUUUCUUACUUGGAGAAUGCAUGGAUAGUUCUGCCUAUGGAGGUCUUGCAAGGUGUGACCCAUGCGUCCGUUUGGGCAGCCUGUAUCUCCUACCUGAGUGCCGCGGUGCCCCCAGCUCUGAGGACCUCUGCCCAGGGUAUCCUCCAGGGUCUACACCUGGGGCUGGGACGGGGCUGUGGGGCCAUGGUGGGGGGAGUCUUCGUCAACUAUUUUGGAGCUGCAGAGACGUUCAGAGGGAUUGGAAUGGCUUCCCUGGUGAUACUCCUCAUCUUCUCCUUCAUUCAAUGUCUGACCGGACAGAACGAGGAAAAGGAGGACAGGAUGCCAGCAGAGAACAUUCCGGUUCCUUCCAGUCCAGUUCCCAUCGCUACCAUAGACUUGAUGCAGAACCAGAACCAGGUGGGUGUGAUGGUGCCCCUCUCUAACCCUAGUCCCCCGGCUAAGAAGACCAAGCACCAGGAGGAGCAGGAGGAUGUUAACAGACCGGCCUGGGUGCUGAGUGGAUCCCCCUGGGUCACCAUAGCCUUCGCUGUCUGCCAGAUCAGAGAGAUGUACUGCAUGGCCAAGAGUAGUCUACCCUCAGAGACACAGCCACUGCAGAAAGGAGCAAAAUGAUCAGAACUCUUCUGAAUACAAGGCAGUGGAGACUGAACACAGAGCAACAGAAGUCACCACACCACCAUAACGGUUCCCCCAGGCAGCAUACCUAGCAAGGCCCACUCCGCAGAGCACCCCGAAUCCCAGCCCUCUCCCAUACCAGACUAGGGGAACUCUGUGGAGCAGCCUGCCUUUUUCACCUGGUAACUUUGAGGCUUCACAUCAACUGUCUAGUACAAAACUCUUUCCGGCAAUAGAUUAAAGGCUUGAGUUGAGUUUCGAGACGGUACUUACAUUCACUCGCGUGUCUCCUUUGGUUCCUGCGACAUGUACAUUAGGGAAGGGGUAAGGAGCAGUGAGCACUACUCCACAUCGAUGACUGUGUGCUGUAAAAAGUACUGAGUGAUAAGCUUUCUGUGUGUGUGUGUGUGUGUGUGUGUGAUCUGGCAUUGUGUAAAUAGAAUUUGAUCUAGAAAGGGUCCAAAGGGAUUGUUGCCUUCUAGAAUGUAAUGUAUUUAUUUCCUCUGUGUCUUCCUGCACGUGCUUCUGACAAUCAUGUUAUUAUUAUGACUCUUGGGAUGAAAUGAUAUGUGUAUAGACAAUAAAAAUGUAUUUGUAGAUAAAUCAUUAACUUUCA